CAAAAGUCACUUCAUAAGUAGUAAGUACCUACUAUAUAAAGCGAAGCCUACGGCAGCUGAUCGCUACCAUUUGCAGUCGAAACCGUGACAGGAAUCAUCCAUUUCAAGAUGAUGAACAAAUUCGCCAUUUGCGCUGUCUUUGUCGCUUUGUGCGCCUUCCGGAUAUUCGCGCUGCCAGUGGUCCCCAACGCUAGCGAUGCCGAACAACAGAGCGGAAAUUUCGAGGGAGACAUGAUUCUUUCCAAGGAGCAACGCCAGGCCCUAGCUGGAAUGCGCAACGGACUGUUCGACGAUCAGUACCGAUGGCCGAACAACACUGUCUACUAUCGGAUCAUUUCGGAUAAUUUCACCACGGAACAGGUCAACUACAUUCGCCGAGGCCUGGACACCAUUUCCGACGUAUCGUGCAUUCGAUUUGUGGAAGCAGCUGAAAACUCAACGGCGUACAUUCGCGUCCUCGGAAAUGAAGGGGGAUGCUUCUCGGAGGUCGGCUACACCGGAACCGUGCAGGACUUGAAUUUGGCGCCCAAUGAGCUGGAAAAUGGUUGCUUCCGGUUGGGAACGAUAAUGCACGAGUUUUUGCACGCCCUGGGAUUCUACCACAUGCAGAGUGCCUCGGACCGGGACGACUUUGUCACGAUAGUGUGGGAGAAAAUCGAACAGCAGCAUCAGCACAAUUUCGAAAAGUACAACUCCAGUUUUGUGUCCGCGUUCAACGUUGAGUACGAUUAUGGAAGUGUGCUGCACUACCCGAGGGUGUCUUUCAGCAUCGAUGGCAGCGCGACAAUCAUCCCGAAGGUUGCCGGCGUCACCAUUGGACAACGGAAGGAAAUGAGUACCAGUGACAUUACCAAGCUCAAUAGAAUGUACCAUUGCGAAUAAAAGCACGUGCUGUAUCUGUUCUUAUAAUCUACAA